AGAAAGUCCAAAACUCUUUUCCAACGGUCAUAUUUUCUGUUCCUAAAAAAGACAAAUUUAAUCCUUUAACCGCAAAACCCCAAAAGCUCUGCUUCUCCCUUUCAUUCGUCUUCAUAGUUCAUACAAUGACGAACAAAAAUCUUCUUCUCUCACCAUUUCUCUAAAAUCAAAUGCUAAUUCUCCCUCUCCAAAUCCCAAUUUUCAGGUGGCUACUCUUCUGAUUCUAACCAUUAUUUCCAUUAGAGAGUAAGCAGAGUUUUUGCUAAAAUGGGCUGUUUCUCCACCUGUUUCGGUAAAUGUAAACGUUCUCGGAGAUGUCACCGACGACGCGCUAAGACCAAUCCUUCUCUUCUUUAUCAUUUGCAGACAUAUGAAUCUGUUGAAGGUUUUCAAGUGCCUGAUUUGAUCGAAGAAUUGGAUGAGAAAAAAGAAACGGCUGAUGAAAAUCAAAUUGAACAUACUCAUGAGUCAAUUGAUGAAAAAAGGGAAAAAUCGAAUUCAAGCGAGAGAAAGAAGGUAACGUUUGAUUUGAAUGUGAAAGUCUAUGAAGAUUUACGUUCAGAUGAGGAGGAUGAAGAAGACAAUGGUAAUCUUGAGGAUAACAAUGAUGAAAAUAAAGCACAAAAUAAGGAAGGAAAAUGUGUUGAAGCUACAUUUGGAAGCCCUUCAGAUUCAAGCUCAUCAAGCUUAUUUUCAUUUCCACCCAAUCAUAGAUACCAAAAUUGCUGGGAUAGUGAUGAUGAAGUUUUAUCAUCUGAUGAAAGUGAUAUUGAUGAUUAUAUUGAUGACGAUUAUGAAGAUGAAGAUGAAGUCGAGAGUGAAGUCAAAAAUGAUCAAUGUCAAUCAUCAGAAUCUCUGUUUUCACUUUCUUUAAACUCUAGGAAGCAAGGUUUUGAAACAGGAGGGGAUAAAGAGGUGAAUAGCCCAAUGCCCAUCAAGAAUUCAAACCCGAAUGACUCAAAUUCGGAGGAAUCGAAUCGAAAUUCGAGCAAAUAUGUUGAUUCGGUGUUGAACCCAGUUGAGAAUCUUACUCAGUGGAAGUUUAUCAAGGCAAGAUCAAAGCUUGCAGCUAAAGAAAAUCAAGCAAAAGAGAACACGAUUUCAGGCCAAAAAUUCAGCUUUGUUAAAAAUGAGCAAUCAAAGGAGAAAGAAAUUGGAGUUGAUACGAGCCUUUCUACAUGGCUUGUGGGUUCAGCAGGAGGAACACCCAAAAAUCAUAGCAGAAGCAGCUCAGUAUCAGUGGGGAAUUCACCAGCUGACAAGAAAACAAUUUCACCCAACAAAUUUGAGGAUAGACCCAUUUUGGGAGCUUUAACUGUUGAGGAAUUAAGGCAAUUUUCGGCUUCUAACUCGCCUCGAAAAUCGCCCAGCAAGAGUCUUGAAGAUAUGCCCAUCAUUGGAAGUGUUGGGAGUUACUGGAGUCAUACUGCACAGACUGCUGAUUCUAAGUCAAGCACAAAAAGCACCAAAAGCAGAUUUAGGGAGAGUACUGAAGUGAUUUGGGACUCAACACCAUUUGAAACACGGCUGGAGAAAGCACUUGAAAAGGAAGGCAAUGUUAAUCAGGUUUUUGCACUAUAAAAGGAAAGAAAUGCUGUACCACAAGAAUAUUGACUUGCGAAGAAAAACAAAGAUUUCAUUCAUUUAUUCAUUCUUUUUGUCCAAUUGGUGUGAUUAUUUGUAAUAUACUGUGUGUGAUUUUGUAACUACUUCAAUUCUUCAAUUGAUUUGUAAUUCUUAUGAUAUUUAUCCUAUUUAAAUCCCAAAUACUUGGUAUGACUGUUAUUUUCUGAUUCA